CCACAGAAAGUAGAGAUUGAGUGCUAGAAAAAUUAAGGGGCAGAAUCCUUAUUAUACAUCUGAAAUGACCUGGAUCAGAGGGGAGCAAAGAGGGGCUAGGACCCGGUUGAUACCGGUUUGAAAAGAAAGGCACAGAACCUGGUAGCGUUUGGGAAGGAUUACACAAAAGCCUAAUACCAUAGUAUAUGUGGAUGGGGUAACCAUGUUGCAGUAAGGGCGGGAUGGUCACUUGCAGACGUGGAAGUAGGGGUGCGGUGUUGCGGAAGGGGCGGUGCAGGCACUUACUGCAGAGCGGAGGGAGGGGGCAUAUAAAGAAAAGAGGAGGUGCGGAGAAGUACUGCCGAGCGGAGGGAGGGGGCACAUAAAGGGAAGAGGAGGUGCGGAGGAGUACAGCAGAGCGGAGGGAGGGGGCGUUUCGGGAAGGGGCGGUGCGCUGCGUGGCUGUACUGCAGAGGAGAGGUGUAUGGUGUUGGGGAAGGGGCGGAACGAAGAGGUGCUGCAGAGCGGAGGGAGAGGGACCGGUGUUGGGGGAAGGGUUGGAAUGAGACGAGAUGCAGUUAGAAAGAGUGGGUCAGGGGUGGCGUCAAGAUGUUCUGCUUCUCUAAGGGCAGAGGGCUUAUGUGGGAUUGAGGCGGUCAGGCUGUCCAGUCCACCAAAGCACAUGCGCGCUGAGCGCCUGCGGUUGCCCUCACGCCUCUGGUUGAAGUGCAUGCGCACUACCGUUUCGGUAAGGGUGUUUGUAGGGUAAAGGGGUGGGGUCGAGAGCUGACUUGCGGUUGCUUGGAGGCAAAAGGAGCUAGGAUUUGGAAGCCAGAUGGUCUGGGUUUCUAGGUAUGAGAACCCAGUAGUAGAAGGGUUUGGGGCCCAAGGUUUGAUCAGAACCCCCUUCUUCAGGAUUGGCAGGAGACCUGAUGAAUGUCCACCUCCUUCUUAUUCUUUCCUGACUCAGGCCCCUUCCCAUCAGGCUCAGGUGUUUCUCGGCCUUCCAGAAAAAUGGAUAGGAGAAAUGACUCCGAUUAUAAGAUGACCCCGUUCCAGGGCCCUCUGCCUCCCCCUGGGAGGCUGGGGCUUCACUUCCCUCCAGAUGUACAGGCUGAGACAACAGAAGAAGACAGUGUCUUGCUGAUGCAUACCCUCUUGUCAUCAACCAAGGACCCCCUGGCUAUGGACCCACCAGUUGCCAACCGGCCUAAGAAAAGCAAGACCAAGAAGGCUCCUAUUAAGGCUAUCACUAAGACAGUAUGCACUGCCCCUCCAGUUCCAUCUGCCAAUGUGAUUACCACCAACAAGCCUAAAAUAACUUUUCUGGCUUUAAACCUGCCAAUCAUCCCCCAGAUCAACCAGGCUUCAGCUACCACUGAGGUAGCCAAUACUCAGGCUUCUUCAUUCACCGCUCAGCCUAAGAAAGCCAACAAGACAAAGAGAGUUACUGCUAAGGCAGCCCGAGGCUCCCAAUUUCCAACUGGUAGUGAUAGUGUUACUACACAGAUCAAGAUACCCUUGCAGGCCUUAAAUGUGCCAGUCAUCCCACAGACUAUCCAGGCUCCAAUUGCCACUGAGUCAGCCAAUUCUCAAGCCUUGUUAGCCUCCAUCAAGCCUAAGAAAGCUCCCAAGGCUAAGAAGGCUAACAAUAAGGCCAUAGUUAGUGCCACUGAGAUCUCACUGGCUCCAUCCACCACCUACACAGCUACCACCUAAGGCCAAAUUACCUCCAUCCGAACUAAGAAAGCCUCCAAAGCCAAGAAAGCAACUGUUAAGGGCACAAAUACUGACACUGAACUCCUAGAGGCCUCAGAUGCCAGUGAGACAGCUACCAGGCAGAUUGAGGCCUCAGCAGCAGCUAUCUGGCCCAAAAAAUCCAAGGGCAAGAAGGAUGCCUAUAAGGGCCCAAAUUCUGCCUGUGAGAUCUCUGAAGCCCCACCUGCCAGUCAAAUGGUCACAAAACAAGCCCUAGCAGCCACCCUCUGGGUCAAGAGAGGGUACAGGGCUCGGAAGGUUGACACUAAAGCCCGGACAACUGAAAGCCAGACUCAAAUUGAUGAAGGGGCCCAGGCCAAGAUGGCUAACCCUCAGAUCAACAUAAGUGCCCUUGAGACUCAGGUUGUUGCUACUGUCCAGGCCCUGGCAGAUGACUACCUGGCUCAGUUGAGUCUGGAGCCCACAACCAGGACCCGGGGCAAGAGGAACCGAAAGUCCAAGCAUCUGAACGGGGAUGAGAGAGGUGGUGGUAAUUAUAGGUGGAUUCCAUGGGGCCGGAGGCCUCCGCUAUCCCGAGAUGUGGCCAUUUUGCAAGAAAGUGCAAAUAAGUUGGUGAAAUACCUGUUGGUUAAGGACCAGACAAAGAUCCCCAUCAAGCGCUCAGACAUGCUGAAGGAUGUCAUCCAAGAAUAUGAUGAAUAUUUCCCAGAGAUCAUUGAACGAGCAAGCUAUGCUCUGGAGAAGAUGUUUCGAGUCAAUCUGAAGGAAAUUGAUAAACAAAGUAGCUUGUAUAUUCUCAUCAGCAUUCAGGAAUCCUCUGCAGGCAUCCUGGGAAUGACCAAGGACACACCCAAACUAGGUCUUCUCAUGGUGAUUCUGAGUGUCAUUUUUAUGAAUGGCAACAAGGCCAAUGAGGCUGUCAUCUGGGAGGUGCUAUGCAAGUUGGGGCUGCACCCUGGGGUAAGGCACUCGCUCUUUGGGGAAGUGAGGAAGCUCAUCACAGACGAGUUUGUGAAGCAGAAGUACCUGGAAUACAAGAGGGUCCCCAACAGCAGACCACCUGAAUAUGAGUUCUUCUGGGGCUUGCACUCCUACCAUGAGACUAGCAAGAUGAAAGUUCUUAAGUUUGCAUGCAAGGUGCAGAAGAAAGACCCCAAGGACUGGGCCGUGCAGUACCGGGAGGCAGUGGAGGUGGAAGUCCAAGCUGCAGCUGUGGCUGUAGCUGAGGCUGAGGCCAGGGCUGAGGCAAGAGCCCAAAUGGGGAUUGGAGAGGAAGCUGUGGCUGGGCCCUGGAAUUGGGAUGACAUUGAUAUCGACUGCCUAACAAGGGAAGAGUUAGGCGAUGAUGCUCAGGCCUGUGGCAGAUUUUCACUUGAAAUUGAGGCCAGAGCCCAAGAAAAUGCAAAUGCCAGCACCAACAUUGACUUCAGCAGAGGAGCUAGCACCAGGGCUAGCUAUAGCGAUGGUGCUAGUAUUAGCUUCAGUGGUGUACCCAGCCCCAGUAAUGGCUUUUGUGGCAGAGCUGGCAUUAGCUUUGGUGGCACAUGCAGUACCAGUGCCAGCUUCAGCAGUGUAGCCAGCAUUUGCUUUGGUGGCACACCCAGCACUUGCUCCACUUUCAGUGGUGGAGCCAUUAUUAGCUUUGGUGGUGCAGCCAGCAUCAGCUCUAGUUUCAGCAGUGAAGCCAACAUUAGCUUUGGUGGCACACCUUGCACCAGUACCAACUUCAGUGGUGGGGUCAGCUCUAGUUUCAGUGGCCCACUCAACACCAGUACAAGUUUCAGUGGUGGAUCCAGCUCUGGUUUUGGAGGCAUACUCAGUACCCCUGCUGGCUUCAGUGAUGCACUCAGUAUGAGCACCAGCUUUGGCAGUACACUCGGCACCAGUGCAGUCUUUAAUGGUGCACUUAGCACCAGCACUGGCUUUGGUGGCACACUCAGCACUAGUGUCUACUUUGGUGGCUCUCCCAGUUCCAGUGCCAGAUUUGGUGGCACACUCAGUACCAGUAUCUGCUUUGGUGGCUUUCCUAGCACCAGCACUGGUUUUGAUGGUGUACUCAGUACCAGUGUCUCCUUUGGUAGCUCUUUCAGCAAUAGCACUGACUUUGGUGGUAAACUAAGCACCAGCUUCUGCUUUGGUGAUUCUCCCAGCACUAGUGCCAGCUUUGGUGGUACACUCAGCACCAGUCUUGGCUUAGGUGGUGCACUCAACACCAGUGCUGAUUUUAGCAGUGCUGUCAGCAUUAGCACUGGCUUCAGCAGUGCACCCAGCACCAACUCUGGCUUUGGCAGUGUGUUCAGCACCAGUACUGACUUCAGUGGGGCACGUAACACCACUACUGACUUUGGCAGUGCUCCCAGAACCAGCAUUGGCUUUGGUGGAGCCCCCAGCACCAGCUUCUGCUUUGGCAGUGUGUCUAACACCAACCUAUGCUUUGGUGGCCCUCCUAGUACCAGCACCUACUUUAGUGGUCCUACCAGUGCCAGUUUUGGUGAUGGACUCAGCACCAGUGCUGGUUUCAGCUUUUGCAAUGGGUUAAGCACCAGCACUGGAUUUGGUGGUGGACUGAGCACCAACUCUGGCUUUGGUGGUGGACUGAUCUCCAGUGAUAUCUUUGGUGGUGGGCUGGGCACCAAUGCUGGUUUUGGCAGCACACUUGGCACCAGUGCUGACUUUAGUAGUGGCCUCAGCAUCAGUGAUGGCUUUGGCGGUGGGCCUAAUACCAGCUUCAACGGAAGACUGAGCACCAUCAUUGGCUUUGGCAGUGGUUCCAACACCAGCACAGCCUUUACUGGUGAACCCCACACCAGCACCGGCUUUAUUGGUGGACCCACUUCUAUUGUUGGCUUUGGCAGUGGACUGAGCACCGAUGCUGACUUCAACGGUGGACCAAGCAGUAGUGAUGGCUAUGGCGGUGGACUGAGCAAUGCUGCUGGCUUUGGUGGUGGAGCCACCAGCCUUGGUACCUGUGGCUUCUCCUAUGGCUAGUGAGGUUUCAGGUAAUUACAACAUUUCCACAGCCAAGGCCAAUGGGGAUGGGUAUAAGAGCUGGGAGAUGUUAUAAGAAACCCCAAGGUGGAAGGGCAGGGUGGGGAGAUGAGCACAAUGAAGGAAGUAUGAGAAAAUAGUAUAUUUGGUGCUAAAAUGUGUUUCUGUUUGGUGUUUUGUUUUCAGAUUUAUUUCUCAUGUUUACAGAUACCACUAAUGAAUUGCAGCAGUCCUUCCCAUGGAGCCAAGGUACAUCCUUGGAAUCUUUGUCCAUGCAGCAAUCUAAGCAGAUAUUACCAAUCAGCUGAGGGUGACACGCUAUGAAAAAAUCUGUUUGCCAAUCCUGCUUUGUUGUUUACUUUCUGUGUCCUGUCAUAUUUGAUAUGAGUUACAUUAAAUUUGAAAAAUGAAUUGCAGUUUGUUCUGUCUUUUAAUGUGCCUAAGUUGUUGUGAGUGACAUUUUGGGUUCAUAGAAGAGCUACAGAUCAGCAUAGCUCUUUGGGGAAGGCGGGCUCCAGCUUUAGGCGAAAAGGCAAGUAUGACUUCAGUGGGGUAGAGACGUGGGGAAAGCAUAGCAGGCAAGGGGAUAAUACCUUAAGUCAGGAUCUAGAAGGGGAAAGCCUGGAACAGAAGGCGAAGGGAGAGGGUUCUGGAGAGUAAGUAUAGAUUCAUUUUGAGAUAUUUGUGUAAGAAUGGGAGGGAUAUAGAGGGACAUAACUAAAGGUGGACAUGGGAACAAGGGAGGAUUUUCUUGGGAUAGGAGAGAGACCUGAGCAUGUUGCAUAGACUGUGGGGGCAAAAGCCAAUAGAGAAGGACAGGAUAUAGAUAUGGAAUAGUGAGGAACUGACUGAAUCAACCCAUCCUUGGGGAGGUGGGAUGGAUAGAAUACCAGAGAAUAGAGGGUGACCCUGACUUAAGGGUGGCUUUAGAAAGAUUUAAGGGUGGCUCUAGAAAGAUAUAAAUGUAGAUUUGCUUCAAGCAGUGAUCCCAAUAAAAAAGGUGAUGUGGAUUAUACAAGGUUUGGGUCUUGCUAGUGGUUGUGAUGGAAGGACAAACAAAGGCAGGGGGUGUAUGAGUCUGUCUCUUCGCAACUGGGUUGCUGCUAUCUACCCACAGUAGCUGCAUGGAGAUUGGCUGAAGAGAUAGAAUGUAGGAUCCAAGCUGGCCAGGUAUGGAAGAACAGUGAAGAGGAAGAGGACUGGUGGAUUGGGAGAUAAUGGAGGAAUCAAAGGACUAUACUCUUGAUGUAGUACAAGAACAAAUAUUGCUCAUUCAAGAAAUACUACAUACAUGCCUGCUGUGUGGGAGGCAUGCUGCUAGGGAUCCUGCGGAUGACACAGAGAGUUGUAAGGACUGGGGGGUCAGCGGUCAGAUAGUGGGAUGCUUGUAUUUAAGAAGUCAGACUGGAGAGAAGUCUAGAUGAUGCCAACCAAGGAGUGAGUGGCUGAAGGGAAGAUGCUCACUGAUGAGGGGACAGGGCAGUAGGAGACCAGGGUAUUGUCUGAAUCAUUUAUAUGGACAGUGAAAUCACUCAGGAUGGCAACAAGAGUUGGAGAAGGAAGGAGAACUGUGGUCUGAGUGCAGAUUCUUCUUUGAAUGUAGGGAUGAAGGUGUCAUGUUCCCAGCCAUGUUACCCACGAAGGAACAAGGCCAUAAGCACUCACAUGGACCUAUCUCCACCCUCACAUUUGAAGGUAUUACUCCAAAGCCCUUUUCUCCAGGAAGUUCUCACCCAGUCCAUACCCCGAC